GAAGAAGAAGAAGAAGCAGAAGCAGCAGCAGCAGAAGAAGAACUCGGAGCUGUAGUUCUUCGCUGUAGUUCUUCGCUGCUAGCAGCCGGGCGGUGACUCGUGCGCUCCCGUGACGUCUCGUGCUACUUCCCCGGACGUGUUUUGACGUGAUGGAACCGGACAAAAUGGACGAGAACGAGUGGAAGUACCACGGGGAGGGCAACCGGAGCCUGGUGGUGUCACACGUACAGCUUUCCAGAGUUCUACGUCUGCUCAAAUAUCCAGCCGAGGACUCUGAAAACCCGCCACAGACGGUGGAGCAGGCCUUCAGGCAGAUUCAGAACUUUGUCGACUUCAGCUCCAACGUGAUGAGCAGCCUGCUGGGAGAGAAGUUCAUCCACAGCGGGGAAGUGGUCAAACUGCCGCUAGAGUUUGUGCGACAGCUGUCAAUCAAAGUUCAACAUCAAAGACCAGUCUGGCGCUGUGAUAAGGUGAUGGACAUCUACAGUGGCUGUGCUCUCUGUCUGCCCAACCUGACAUAUCCAGUCCUCCACCAGCCAACACACACUCCUCCGCUCUGCAUUGAGAUCAAGCCUAAAUGUGGUUUCCUGCCGUCCUCCAAACAUGUCAGCAAAGAUAUCAAGACCAAAGUGUGCCGCUUCUGCAUGCACCAACACUACAAGGUGACCAAUGGGAAGUGGAAGAGACAGAGUCUGUACUGUCCUCUAGACUUGUUCUCAGGUAACAGACAGAGAAUGCACUUGGCCGUCAGACACCUGAUAGAAGAACCUCAGAACAACUUCAAAUUCUUUAAGGGCGGUCAGUGCAUCUACAGCAGUAAGGAGGUCAGCGACGACUCAAUGGACCUGAACUCUCUGCUGCAUCAUCUCAGACCGUACUUCCUGUAUGGAAACAACCGAAUCAACAGUCACAUGACCAGCAAGACUGUCCUGAACGACUUCAUCCAGGUCCUGGUGAACGCCCUGCUGAGUGGAGGAGGAGGAGGAGGAGAUCGAGAGGUGGUGACGGAAACACGAGAAGGACGGACCUUCUGUGAAGCGAGUCUGUACAACAAGGAGAGGAUCCGUCACGGCUCUCAGGGUUUACCCAGCGACAGCGUUUUGUUCAGAAUCCUUCAGACUCAGAUGUUGGACACGCUGGACAUUGAAGGACUUUACCCUCUGUACCGCCGAGUGGAGCAACACCUGCAGGACUUCCCCAAGGAGAGGGCCACUGUCUGGUCUCCGGCAUCACUUCCUGUCUGUGUCAGAACUCGUCUUCAGUUGGAGGGGCCGUACAACGAGGCCUUCCUGGAGAAGCUGCAGAAAUGUCCGACUGAGGAUGACGGAUCGGUGGAGUACGCCGCCGCCAAGGUCCAUCAGUACUGCGUCGCCAUGACAGCCAAGGACUGCUCCAUUAUGGUCACCCUGGUGCCCGGCAGUGAGGAAGAAGAGGACGAUGAAGGUCUCUCCAGUCAGAGGCGGUUCAGGGACUUCCUCUCCUCCAGACCGCCUCCUCUCUCUUACUCGGUCUCCAUCUUGGAUCUGGACCCAAAGCCGUUUGAGGGCAUCCCCUGCCAGCUGCGCCUGGACCAGAAGAUUGUCUCCUGCUACCUGAGGACUGGUGGUGCCUUGCCAAAGGGCUCUCUGCCGCAGCACUCCGGCAUCUUCACAGCUGCAGAGCGAGAGGACUGCACGCUGCUCUUUCACCCCGUGUGAACUCCACGGACGACUGACUAACGGACGCGACACUCCUGAUAGAAACAGAGACGCCACGUUGAUGCAGAAUCUAGAAUCACUUCACACCAGAGCCGUUUAUCUGAGACAUUUUCUAUUCACUCAGCUCAUGUUAACAGUUAACAGCUCAGCAAAGUUAAAAAUCUCCAGGAAGUCACCACUGACUCGUCAGACAAUUCUGUUACUGAUUCUAGACUUUCUCUUCAACUUUUUGCUCUCAUCAGGAGGUGAACCCCGACAUCACCACUCUGUUCUGUCCUGAUGCAUAUUUAUUAGAAAAAAACCUACGGGGAGCUUUGGUCUUUUUCCUUUUUGGUGACGAGUUCAGAUUGACCUCCGGACUGGCGGACGAAGCUCUGAGAAGAGACGGACGAAAGAAAUGAAGAAGAGAAUGAAAAGCGAUGGAAAGAGAAAAAGCAGGUUGUUGGGCGUUAGCGUACGUAAGAUGUCAUAUCCUGAAUGUAGGCGGGGCCUCUGGUAAGAGUGAGGCGGAGCCAUUAUGUAUGUCCAGGUUGAACUGCAGCAUCACUAUGGUAACAGAAGCACUAGUUACCAUAGCUACAGCCACAGAGGAGGGGCUGAUCCGAUCACCUGUAGGUCUGAGUGAGUCUCAGGAUCUGGAUGGAGGAGACGGCUCGGAGGAUUCAGUUCUCUGCUCGACUCCACCGAGGUUUUCAGUCCAACUCGUGGCACCGUUCAGUCCGUACGAUGAGGUGCGGCAACGCUGGGUUGUUUUGAAAACCUUCACGAACCAGAAUCGUGAGAUCCAAAUGACAGCGAGUGAUGCUUGACCUCCUCUUUUGUUUUUUGUUUUGACUCCUGUUCAGUUGUUGGCGUCGUGUUAACACGUUUUCUCAUCAGGCAUUUGUGCCAAAAUGUUGAAGGUCAAAUGUUGGUGACUUUAUUUUUCUUUACCAGGGAGGAAAGUUGGGUAUCGUUAAAGGGUAAGUUCACCCAAAUAAUAAAAACAGCCUUGCCUCUUCCCUCCAGUGAAUCCAUCCAGUUAUGGUUUUGAGAUUUGAGUGAAAUUCUACAAAUGUGCCUCCAAUGAAAUACAAUUACGUCUUUGAUUCUCACAGCAUUGAAAAAUGACAUUUUAUAAAUAACUUGCCAAAAAAGAGUGCCACUGUAGCUGGAUCAUCUACAAGAGACGACGUUGAUAUUGGUGAAUUGAAACUAUUAAUAAUAAUAAUAAAUAAAAAAAUAGUUCCAAUAAAACCUACAACACCAUUUCAUAAACUAUUUUCUUAAAUCACGAUUCUCAAAACCUGCAGGAAUAAAACAUCUGCAUGGAGAGAUUUCACUGGAGGGAAGAGAAACGAAGCACUCAGUGACCUCUUCAUCAGGUACUCCUUAUUACUCCUUAUUACUCCUUUAGAACAGAAUGCAAUCAAGUACAUCAGCCCGGUUAUUAAUUCCACCUUUAAACUUUUUAUUGUUCAUUUUCUGUCACAGAGGUUAUGUUUUACUGACGCGUGUUUCUAAUGUUUUAUCUGCCCCAUUUACAUGUAUGAAGGGGCGGAGCCUAAUAUAAUGCAGUCCAGUGCACCAACACCUCAAUAAUGAGCGUAUAGUUGAAUUAACAAUAUUCUGACCUUUGUAAGGGUUGCAUUAGUGACGGAGCUGAUGUGUCACCUGAUGCCUUCUCAGUACUGAGUGUUUAUAUUUAAGCGUUUGGGUGAACUGAUCCUUUAAGGUCCAGCUGGGACUUCGGACUAAUCAGCUCUUUAGGGUUCUUCAAGCGGAGACGUUUGUGUCGCGUUGCCUUCGGUCGUUCUGACAUAACACCUCCUUUUUUAUGUUGGAAAGAAAAAGCACAUUACGUUAACUCUUACUGGUGUCAUAUUCUGUUCUGUCGGAGGAAACGCAGCGUUUCAGUAGUUGUCUAACACUCCCGUGUUUACUAAUCUGGUGACGCGUAGCUUUCUGAAAGUACGCUUACGUCACACUUGCUGCCAAUAUUUGCUCCGUCUCUUAUUCACAAUUGAAGCCUAAACCUCAAAUUCAGCCUGGAGUCUGCUGCGUUUGUCCGGACUCGCAGGUCAGAGUUCACCUUUGACCUGCGAGCUCCCAGUCGGCCAAUGAGACACACUUAUGCAACGUGUCAUCACUCUAGAGCAGACUAAUGUGACCGUGUACUCGCAGAGGAUUUUAAAGUGAAAAGGGUCAGCGCGUGUCAGCGUCUGACCCGCCGGAGCAAAGGCUUCUGGGUAACAGAGAGCAAUCGUCUUGAGACGGGCCGAGCUUCAUGCUGCUGCUCCGCUGGGUUACUUUGUGCCAUAAGUGGCUUGUUGUGUGCUUGUCCAUGUGCCUAAAUGUUCGAGUAGGACUGGAGGUUGGAGGGU